AUGCCCAUGUUAAGUAAAACACUAAAAAAAUUAAUAAGCACCAGCCUUGGUAAGCCAGCCAAACUAGCGUUAAUAGUGCGCAGCGAUCUGAAGAUGGGCAAGGGAAAAACUGCGGCACAGUGCGCACAUGCGGCUAUCAUGUGCUAUGAAAACGCAGCUCACGGCACAGCUGAGCAGUCGGCACUGCUGCAACAUUGGGGACGCAUAGGUCAGCCGAAGAUUGUGCUGCGUGUUGACACUUACGAACAGCUCAGCGGACUACAAAUACAAGCCCAAGAUGCUAACCUAGUGACUGCAUUAGUAAGAGAUGCUGGACGUACGCAGCUAGAACCUGGCACAGCAACAGUAUUGGGCUUAGGACCCGCUUCGGAUGUCGAAUUGGAUAAACUAGUGGCGCAUUUAAAAUUGUUAUGAGUGGAGAUGUUGAAAGUAAAGAUGGUUUUAUAUUGAGACUAAACAAUUUAUAUCGACACUUGUAACAUCAACUUA